AGUUAUCUGGACACCUUUACUGAUCUACACAAGCUAGAGAAAACAAGUAGGAUCUUUGCUGAGAGAUUUGGGAGCUUGGUUUCUGAUCUCUCUGUGAUAAUGGAUACACCAGGUAAGCGAUACCUGUAGAUUAAAGUAAAGUUUAAGGGAUGCUAAACAAGCCUACUCUCUAAUUGUGGUGACUUUGAUCAGAGAUUGUUUGCUAGUUUCUCCAUGGUUUAGUAGUCUUUCCUCACUGAUGAUCUCCACUUACUUUUAAACUGUGUCUUUUAUAAUAUUGAGGAGCUGAUGCAUCAAAACCUGUUUCUCUUUAUAGCUGACCAUUUCUAUAACACUCUUGGUAGCUCCUCGCUGACUCUCUGCUACUGUUUUGUUUAGUAUCCUGGAUGACCACCUUCUAUCAAACUCUCUGGAUUAAUAUCUUACAGGUUUACUAACUAAAGUGACAAGUGUCUGCAACUCAUAAUGUUUUCAAAAGUAGCAAUACUGAAAUCUCACUUAACGCCGUAACCCUAUUCCUGUCUGGCUUUCUUGAAUGUAGCACUUGCUCUCACUUUAAAUUCCAGAUAAACUGAAACGCUGGAAAUAUUUCCUCCCAACUGUCACGACUCUAGAAAAAACUACUUAUUUUGGGCCCUGCCACUUGAGUGUAGUCCGUAACGAAAUUACUCCAUUCCCACCAGUGUCAUAUUCUGGGACUGCUAAUGGAUGGGAUGCAGCUUCUAUCUUCACAAUCACUGAAGUGGUCAUGGUGGUUGGUUUAACCUUUUAAAGGAACACUCCAUAACUAACACAGCUGGGUGUACUGGUUUUGUUGGUUGAUGUCUCUCUAAGUGGAGUUUGAACCGCAUGCUGAGAGUAAUUUCCGGAUGCCAGGAAGCAAUACUAGGACAGGACUUUAAAAGCGCCUUGGCCUGUUGGGAUAUAUGGGAAAUGUAGGGUUGAAAUGCAAAUUAUUCAUGCUGGAACUACUUCUCAUCACUGCUUAGUAGUAGUUAAACUGCAGGUGGGAGUGUUGUCAAUACUACAUUGGCUGUGAAAUGACUGCUAGCCAAGUGUUACUAACAGAGUGCCAAGUGGUUUCUCAAAUCCCUCAGUCUAACUUUGGCACAAUACUAUUGUAGGCUCUCCUAAUGGGAAUUGGGAGCCUCCUCUGUUCUCUCCACAUGUGAAGUUUGUCUUCUAACCGGAAUCGUGUAUGUUGCUGUUUCAGACUUGUGACAGCUAAAUAGACUUCCAGCUAGAAACCUUCAGUUCUGUAAAUAUGAACUUAGUCUUGUCUGCAUCACUGUCAAUCUUGAUAUAAUCUCGCAAUAGACUUUCUCUAAGACUGUAAUCUAAAAACCUGCUCUUCAAGAAGUGAACUAUAUAAUCACUCUGGAACCAGGAUAGGCAAUCUAGAUGUUGUAGAUUAAAUCUCCCCUGAUGCUCUGCCAGCAUUCUGGGAAAUGCACUCCAUAACAUCUGAAGUGCCAAAGAUUACAAUAUCUUAUGGCACAAACCCCAUGUUGUAAUUUCAUAAUGUUGUAUUAUUGACUGUCUGAUAGUGGCUAUAACCUUCUAUUUACUUCCAGAUACCAUCAUGUUUGCUGUGAAGGAUUAUGUUGCCAGAGCUGGAUUACCUCCUAAAGAUCGUUUGGAUAGCUUUGAGGCCAGAUCAAAAAUUGUAGGAAAGCUGAAUAAUGUCAGCAAGUUUGCCUUUAACCCAGAAGGGGUGCUGUUUGCUGUGCGUGGUACAGAGCUCUUCACGGGAGCUAUGCCUUCAAAUCCAAACCUGGACUGGUUCUCUACUGCCAAGAGAGUUGGAAAAUCUGACUGGGAUAGGUUUAAAUUUGUCUUCUUUGAUUCAAAUGGUCUUCUGUAUGCAGCUACCAAGAAUGGGGAGUUCUACAAGGGUCCAGCACCAAGCAAUGAAAACGUGUCCUGGCUUUAUGGCCAAGCCACCAAAAUAGGAACCGACGGAUGGAAUGACUUUUACGCCCUUUUCUUCGACCCUAAAGGCAUCUUGUAUGCAGUGACAAAGGAUGACAAGCUUGUGAUGAGAAGCCCUCCAACCAAAGCAAAUGAUGAAUGGCUUCGCUCCAGCACAACUAUUGGAAAUGGAGGCUGGCGCAUCCUGACCCAUUUCAUGGCUUUCUCCCCAGAGUUUGACCUGUGGUGUGUGUGGAUUCAAUGAAUGGCAAAAUCUAUAAAGGUCAAGCCCCGACCGUUGAUAAUACCAGCUAUCUGAACGCACAGAAUCUGGGCUGGGAUUACAAUCAGUACCCCCUCCUUUCCUUCACAAUUGAUAAAACAAUCCUGAGCAUUGUGAGCCUUGAAUUCCUUCCAGAUUCAGGGAAAAUCCUAUCCCAAGGCACAGAGGUGGUGCAGAGCCAGAUCUAUGUGAACAAGAGCAGCACUCCAUUAAAGCACACCUUCUCGUGAGUAUAACCAUAUAAUGGGGAAAUAUGCACCGUGCAUAAACUGCUGCCCCAUGCAGGGGCAGACCUACAAUGCUGCCCUGUGACCGGGGUGCAUGACGGCCAUAUGGUGCGCCGCAGCUUGCAUGGUGCAACAACCUGGGCAGCAUGUUCAAGAGCCGAUCAGGUGACCCAUGCUCUGUAUCUGCAUGAGUCAUGCUAUGCAUCUAAAUGCUUGUCGGGAAGUGUCUGUCUGUAUCAGUAUGUGUAUGUUAUACAGUGUAACUGUCACCCCACCACUCUAAUUUCCCCAAUCCUGUCUUUCACUCAUGCCAUACUCUCCCUAGAACACUCCCCUUCUCCAGUAUGGUCACUCAGCUGAUCACAUUAACCCCUCCAAUUCUGUCAUAAUCCUCCCCCCAACCAUGCCACUCACCCUGUGGGGCAUGAAUCAUUCAUGGAUGGGGCAUUAUGUGCAUUCUUGCUUUUAGGUUCUCAAAGACCAUGACUGAGAGCAGCACCUUCAGCCAGCAACAUGGAUUCACAGUAUCUGUUGGUGCAGAGAUGAGCUUUAAAGCUGGAGUCCCAUUCAUAGGAGAAACUGAGUCAAAGAUUUCCAUCAAUAUGAGCACAACUCAUACCUGGAACUUCUCCAAGACCAAUGAAACACAGGUAAAAAGUUUAUACUCUGAAUGUAUAACCAUUCACCUUUUUUGCAAAACCACCAAAACUGUAAACUCUGAUGCUUUGUGACCCACUACAAAGAUUGAGCUCUCCCUUUAAGGAAUACCCAUCUCAUUCACUUGCCUACUAACCUUCCUGCCAGAGAUCGUAAUGUGGCCACCAAUGUUCUAAUACAGCAGUAGGUAACCUUCAGCACUCCUGAUGUUGUGGACUACAUUUUGCUUGCAAAUGAGGUGAAGUUUAGUCCACAACAUCAGGAGUGCUGAAGACUGCCUACCCAUGCUAUAAAGCAUUCUCCCGCAAAACCAAUGGGACCUACCUUUUCCAAGCACUACUGGAAAUGAGGGAAGUCUCUACAUUGAGAUUUCAAUAAACGGAACACCAUAUCUAGAAGUACUUCAAAAGUCUGUAAAUGACAAACCUGUGUACCUGACCAAAUCUCUUGGCAUGUUUGCAUAAUAUAUGGAGAUGGCCAUAUGCACUCUGUCUUGUUCCAAUCAAUUGUUUUCAUAAGGCUAGUAUUUUAGGGUCUCUAAGAAUUGAGCAAAAUUAGGAGAGGGCAUUUAUUUGCUGAUGUCUCCCAUAUUUUCCUUCUUAAAUAUUUCAGUUCCAAUUAAGGAUAGCUAAUUAAAAAAUCUUGUAUUAAAUGGCUAACAAUACCAAAAUGGUAUUUCAUACUUGCCAGUAAGUUUCUUUCCCUGGCUAUUUAUCAUGGCAGCAUCACUUAUGGGUAGCUUCACACUCAGGCGGAUCAGGAUAGGGAACCAUUAACUAUGAACUCUACAAGUAUUGUAAAGCGCUACGGAAUCUGUUGGCGCUAUAUAAAUGGCCAUAAUGUUUCAAUGCCCUCCUUCCAAACUUCAGUCCAAUUGAAAAGCUCAGAUAACACCCAGGGCGGAUACCUGGUUCUGUCAUGAUAAAUAUCCAGGAAGAAUACUUAAAGCAAAACUCAUUAUAUAAUCCAAGUCUUGUUGUCUGACUGAGGACAGACUGUUUGUAAGGAGGAGGGACCUUUUGAUGCCUACCGCCUAGUUGUUAAAUUGUUUCCUGAUCUGGGUGAGGGUGGAGCAAUGCAUAAGUAAUGCUGCUGUUCUUGGCCAAGAUAUCACGAUUAAAGGACAUCUGGUAUGAUUAAAAGGUUACUCCAUAAUAAACUUCUCAUUACAAAAUCACUGACAUGACUAAUGGGUAAUGCCCAUUAGGUUAAGGAAAGUUGGGGGAGCACAAUAAAUAGUGAGUUGGAAACGGUCUUCCCCUUGCAGGUGCUCUGACUGUAAAGGCAAGACUUAAAUCUGUCAGCACAACACACUGGUGACAGAUGUUUUGUUUUUCAUGCAUUGAACUGACUUUCAGCAGUCCAGAGUGCAACUAGCCCCAGCACAUAAGAACUUUGCAUGUGCAAUGUUUCAGUGCCCUAAUGUAGCGUCCUUUGUAAUAACUGGAUCUGAAUGCCAGAAGAGACUUUGCAAAUGGGAGAUGGCUGUAAUACCUCUCCACCAUGGUAUUGACCAUCAAUGUGGUGUUUUUAGCCAAGUGUUCCUACAGGCUGUCAGACAUGUAAUCCAGUGAUGUGAGUCUAUAUGGUCUUUUGUGGGUAAAUGGCAUCAAAAUAGUCUUCUGACUUCAGAAGUUUCUCUUGUGCAGUUUGAAGAUAAAUCUGGAACAGUGGUUUGAUAGUUGUCAAAUUCUUCAUGGGUCUUGGGCCUAGAAUGUCUUGCAUGAAAUCCAGGAUCUAGCUAAUAACUUUUCUGUGCAUGUUCAAAUAUAGAAAGAUGACCUCAUAAAUGUCUUUGUCCUAAAACUGUGUCAAAUAUCUGACUUCUGCAGACUACCUUCACCUCCAGCACAGAUGUGGCUGUACCAGGUGGGCAUUCAAUACGUAUGGUGGCAUCUGUGACAAAGGGAGACAUGGAUGUGCCUUACUGUGCCAAGAUCCGCACCUUGUUUGGUUAUGAGACCACCAUCCAGGGAACAUGGAAAGGGGUAACUUACUAUAAUCUGAUGGUUAGCCAGGAAGACUACAAACCAUGA